GUGGCAGCGCGUCCGGUCGCGGCGCAUCCGAGAGCUCAUCAUGCUGCACGGCGCGCCGCCCAAGCCCCCGCGGCAUACAUUGUUUGCGCGGCACAUGUCGCUUUCGUCGUCCGAGUCCACGUCCAGGGAGCGACAGCCCAAGACGCGUGUGGUGCCGCACGAUGCCGCGACGACGACGCGGCCAGCCGCCGCCGUCGCAGCCCUCGAGCUGCAGGACAUUAAUGACCACUAGUCCAGUCUUUGUGUAAUUAUGAAGAUAACGCGAAAUAUGUUCAUA